AUGGAGGAGGAGGCGAGGCGACGCGCGGCCGUGGCGUGCAGCUCCCCAACGCAUGUGCGCAGGAGGAGCCGUCCGGGGAGGGGGACGAGGCGCCGAGCGGCCGUGGCGUCCAGCGCCCCGACGGAUGGGCACCAUUGGUGGGCGGCUCCCUGCGGCGGCUGUGGCGGCCAGCUCGUCGGCUCCCUCGAUGGAUGCGCGCCAACGGGUGGGCGGCAGUGGUGCUUGGUUCGCUGCGUCGGCGAGGUGGGGGAAACUGGAAAGGGAGGAGCGCCGUGGCAGAAGGGUUCAUAUGAUGCUGAAAAGAAAACAGUGACACUCCAAAGAGAACUUGUUGGCAAUGUUUCAAGGAUUUGGAUGAGGAUGGAUCCUGACAGAUUUGCUAAAGAGGGCAUUGGUGUUUCUUGUGGAGGGUAAUAGUUCGGCUCCGCUGGAUUCUUCAUCUGGGAAGAUUGGCAGAUGAAGAGGAUCCUUCGUGCAUAGUUGCGGCAACUAUUGUUUCUGGAUGAGAGGGAAAUCAUCUUUAAAUACUGUCGUCAGUUACCCUAGAAUUGUUCACAUAGUUUUUGAAACAAGGAGGGAAAUUCAGUUUUGCAAGUGAUACUUGUACAAACCA